CACUAUAUAAACACAGAGAAGAACUGGACUGAAGCUCAGAAAUACUGCAGAGAAAACUACACAGAUCUGGCCACAGUCAACAACAUCAACGACAUGAACGACAUCAAUCAGCUGAUUACGAGUGUGGAUAACAUACUGACUUAUCAUGUCUGGAUUGGCCUGAUGAAUACAGGUGUUUAUAAAUGGAAGUGGUCUCUGGGUGAUCCUGUGAAAUACACAAACUGGUCUAAUGGAGACUCAAAUGGUUCAGGUCAUUGUGUUUAUAUGAGAGAUGGAUCAUGGCAUCAUCAGGACUGUAAUAAGAACAUGAGAUUCAUCUGCUACAAUGAGAUCAGUAAAGGAUUCAUCAUUGAUGAUUCUUCAGUAUCAUGGAGAGCAGCUCAGAUCUUCUGCAGACAGCAUCAUACUGAUCUGACCAGUGUGAGGAAUCAGACUGAGAAUCAACAGAUUCAGAAGAUCAUGAAUGACACAAACAUAUCUGAAGUCUGGAUUGGUCUGUUCAGUGACUCAUGGGAGUGGUCAGAUAAAAGUGAAUCUGGAUUCAGAAACUGGAGGUUUGAUGAACCAAAUAAUCCUUAUACUGAAAACUGUACAGAGUUCAAUCCGACACUGCAGGGUCAAUGGAAUAAUGUGCCUUGCAGUCCAUCUCUGACCUUUGUGUGUCAUGAAGAUAAUCUGAUAUUGAUCCAGAUGAAUCUGAGCUGGUCUGAAGCUCUGAGAUACUGCAGAGAGAAUCAUGUGGAUCUGGUUUCAGUUGAUUCAGAGGAGAUUCAGUUCAUGGUGACUAAAGUGAUUCAUCAGUCCUCUACAGAUGCUGUGUGGAUGGGGUUACGUCACUCCUGUGCUGUUGGUCUUUGGUUCUGGGUGAAUGGAGAGAUGGUCUGCUAUCAGAAUUGGGCUCAAGGGAAAGAGACAUCAGAUAUGAAUUGUGACACUGUAAAAUCUGGAGCAGUUCAGUCUGGAGGAGAUCAUCUAUGGAUCAGCCGCCCUGAAUCUCAACAACUCAACUUCAUCUGCAGCAGAAAAGAUAAUUAA